GGCGGAGCCGCGCCGGGUCUGGAGGAGCGAAAGGUUUAAAGGCAUAUCUAUAUAACAUUCACAAUGUCUACCAAUGAGAAUGCUGGGGCAACGGCUGCCCGCCUGAACAGAUUCAAGAACAAGGGCAAAGAUUCCGAUGAAAUGAGGCGACGACGGAUGGAAGUCAAUGUAGAGUUGAGAAAAGCUAAAAAAGAUGACCAAAUGCUUAAAAGGCGAAAUGUAGGCACAUUUCCAGAUGAUGCCACUUCACCUCUGCAAGAAAAUCGGGGCAAUCAGGUUGCUGUCCACUGGUCUGUUGAAGAAAUUGUUAAAGGCAUUAAUAAUACUAAUUUAGAAUACCAGCUGCAGGCUACUCAGGCUGCCAGGAAACUGCUGUCCCGAGAAAAGCAGCCCCCUAUAGACCAGAUUAUUAGAGCUGGCUUGAUACCAAAAUUUGUGUCCUUUUUGGGAAAAGCAAACUGCAGCCCUAUUCAGUUUGAAGCUGCUUGGGCACUGACCAAUAUUGCUUCCGGCACAUCUGACCAGACAAAAGCUGUAGUAGAGGGUGGAGCAAUUUCUGCCUUUAUAUCUCUUCUGGCUUCUUCUCAUACUCACAUUAGUGAGCAAGCUGUAUGGGCUUUGGGGAAUAUCGCAGGUGAUGGCUCUACUUAUAGAGACUUAGUUAUUAAAUAUGGUGCACUCGACCCACUUUUGGCUCUGCUUGCUGUUCCUGAUCUCUCUUCUAUAUCUGUUGGCUACUUACGUAACAUAACUUGGACUCUGUCAAACCUCUGCCGUAACAAGAAUCCUGCACCACCCAUUGAAGCUGUUGAACAGAUUCUGCCCACUUUAGUUCGCCUACUGCAUCACCAUGACCAUGAAGUUUUGGCAGACACAUGUUGGGCUAUUUCUUAUUUGACUGAUGGGUCAAAUGAUAGAAUUGAAGUAGUGGUCAAAACUGGCUUAGUGCCACAAUUGGUGAAACUGCUAGCAUGUGGAGAAGUUCCAAUAAUGACUCCAUCACUAAGAGCUAUAGGAAACAUUGUAACAGGGACUGAUGAGCAAACUCAAACAGUAAUAGAUGCUGGAGCAUUAGCUGUCUUCCCAAGUCUGCUUAUUCACCCCAAAAACAACAUCCAGAAAGAAGCUGCAUGGACUAUGUCUAACAUAACUGCUGGCCGCCAGGAUCAGAUCCAGAAGGUUGUGGACCACGGGCUUGUUCCAUAUCUUGUUAGCAUCUUAAAAAAGGGAGACUUUAAAUCCCAGAAGGAAGCAGUAUGGGCAGUGACCAAUUAUACAAGUGGAGGAACAAUUAGCCAGAUCAUCUACCUUGUUCAGACCAGUGUAUUAGAGCCAUUAUUGGAUCUGCUUGUGGUUAAAGACAGCAAAACAGUCCUGGUGAUUCUGGAUGCUAUUACUAAUAUUUUUAUGGCGGCUGAAAAAAUAGGUGAGGUUGAAAAGCUGUGCAUCGUGAUUGAAGAAUAUGGCGGCUUAGACAAAAUUGAAGCUCUACAAUCCCAUGAAAAUGAGCAGAUUUACAAAUCGGCUGCAAAUCUGAUUGAAAAAUAUUUUUCAGCAGAGGAGGAAGACGAUGAGAAUGUUAUUCCAGAAUCUGGUUCUGAUGCAUAUACAUUCCAAAUUCAAGACGGUUCUGAUACCUUCAAGUUUUGAGUCUCUUGUCUGACCGUCUUCAGCCUAGGUUUUUUUUCCCCCCUCCUUUCUGUUCUGUCUCUUACACUGCCUUUUUUCUAUGUGAAAUAGCACUUUGUUUCAACUAAAACUACUUGAACAGAUCAUGGCAGUUACAUAUGCCAAGUGAACUUGUGUCUUCUUAUAUGUCCUUUUUUGUAUUCUGUAAAUUCUCCCAUUUCUGAAUCUACUGCCUUUCAGUAGUGGAUGUACCUAGAUUUAGAUUAUAUCCAUACUACAGUUGAUCAGACAGAAAUGGUUUGUGAACCUUAAUUCUCAGUUUGGUUUGCAGACCACACAAUGUUUGUUAGCAAAAGCAAACCUCUCAAACUGAUUUUAAAGAAUACUUGUUCAAAUGAAAUAAACUGUAUUUGAGUAUCA